UUUUGUUGUUGUUUUUGUUUUGUGUUUUUGUUUUUUUUUACCAUGCAGGUAUCUCUGGUGGUGAACGUGGCUAGUGAGUGUGGCUUUACAGACCAGCACUACCGAGCACUGCAGCAGCUGCAGCGGGAUCUAGGACCCUACCACUUCAACGUGCUUGCCUUUCCCUGCAACCAGUUUGGCCAGCAGGAGCCAGACAGCAACAGGGAGAUUGAGAGCUUUGCUCGCCGCACCUACAGUGUAUCUUUCCCCAUGUUUAGUAAGGUCGCAGUCAUUGGCACUGGUGCCCAUCCUGCCUUCAAGUAUCUGACCUAUACUUCUGGAAAAGAGCCCACCUGGAACUUCUGGAAGUACCUCGUAGCCCCAGAUGGAAAGGUGGUAGGAGCAUGGGACCCGACUGUGUCUGUGGAGGAAAUCAGGCCUCAUAUCACAAGCCUAGUGGCGAAGCUCAUUCUGAAGAAGCGAGAAGACUUAUGACCAAAUUCCCUGUCCCCUCCCUUCCCCAUCACCUUGUAUAGGUGACCAGAACAAACAAGUGGUGCUUCCCAGUGACAGAUCUACUGGUCCUCUUACCAUCUCUAUCACUCCUACGGGGAAAAUUUUCUAGCAUUUUGAUUAUUUGAACCAGAGCAACUGAUAGGAAUUACUACUGGCCACUGAAACUUCUUUUGAUGGUGAAUCACCAGCUAAUAAAAACCUCUAGCCAAUGGGGACAUGUGACAGGCAGAGGAUAUAAAGCAAUAAUCUCGUCCUUGGCCAGGUCUCUGUAAAAUGGGACUGAUUCCUACCUCACAGGGCUCUUAGAAGGGUUGUGAUGAGAUAUAUGUAAAAGUGCCUUAAGUAAUACAAGCCAAAUAGAAAAUAUUCAAUAAAUG